UGGACAGAUUUUGGGCAGAGUAAACCCUCUCGCUUCGCGUCUUCCUCUCAGUUGCGAAUUAGCUGAUCAGGAACUCACCAAACUGUAGUAAGCGUGACAGUACGAUGGGAAUUGGCUUCAUCAAAUCGAGUUUUUCCAUGUUUGUGAUGAUAAGAAAAUCACGAAGAGCCCCUGUAUUCUUCGCUUUUUGUAAUUCAGUCCUGCUCGGAGUCGACACAUAAUAGAUUCGUGGACGUAGGAAAAGGGUGUCGAGCAUUGAGGUGCAGGCCAGUGCAGUGCAGGAAUGGAUCCUCUGGGAGCACGCUCUCAGUUUGUGGAGGUCCAGACUCUGUCCACCUGGGAGCGGCAGCCGGACCCUGAGGGAGAGGAGACAGAGAAGGAGUACAACGACAGCCUGGUCAGCCAGCAGGCCUUCCCAUCCCCCUUCCCCUACAGAGAGGACAUCAACAGGAAAAUAGUGCUCUAUAAUGGCGACGUUGCCCUGCUGAACUGCACAGCGAUCGUCAACACAACUAAUGAGACUCUGACGGACAAGAACCCUAUAUCUGAGAGCAUCCACACACAUGCUGGGCCUGAGCUUCGAGACGAGCUGCUCAAACUGAAAGGAUGUCGGACAGGCGAGGCGAAGAUGACCAAAGGCUUUAACCUGGCGGCCCGCUUUAUAAUCCACACGGUGGGCCCCAAGUACAAAACCAAGUACAGGACGGCUGCUGAGAGUUCUCUGUACAACUGCUAUAGGAACGUCAUGCAGCUCGCCAAAGAGCAGGCCAUGGCGUCUGUGGCCCUCUGUGUGGUCAGCACAACCAAGAGAGGAUACCCACUGGAGGACGCCACACACAUUGCCUUCAGAACGGUCCGCAGGUUUCUGGAGAACUAUGGAGAGAGCAUAGAGACAGUGGUGUUCGCUGUGACAGACAUGGAAGAGCCCACAUACAGGAAGCUACUUCCUCUCUACUACCCUCGUUCUGAGGAAGAGGAGCAUGCCAGCCUGCCCCUAAUCCCGGCCGACAUCGGGAACUCAGAAGGCGAGCCUGUAGUCCCAGAGAGACAGAUCCGCAUCGCUGAGAAACCAGGCUGUCUGGAAGUUGACUCUGAGGCGGAGACACUGGACUCAGACCUGGGCCAGGUGGGGACCCAUGCGUUUGCCCGGAUGGAGGGAGACGUGGACAAACAGCGCAAACUAAUCCUGCAGGGCCAGCUGUCUGAUGCAACCAUGCAGAAACAGCACCAGAGAAAUUAUAACCGCUGGUUAUAUCGAGCCAGAGCAGAAGACUUGUCUGACAUAGCAGCACUGAAAGCCUUAUAUCAAACUGGUGUUGACAUGUGUGGCAGGACAGUGAUGGUUCUUGUGGGCAGAAAUAUUCCUGUCACUCUCAUCGACAUGGAAAAGGCCCUGCUGUACUUCAUCCAUGUCAUGGACCACAUCACAGUGAAGCAGUAUGUGAUGGUUUACUUCCACACUCUGACCAGAGAACACAACCAUCUGGACUCUGAAUUCCUCAAGAAGCUUUAUGAGAUUGUAGACACCAAGUUUAAGAAUAACUUGAGGGCUUUCUACUUUGUACACCCCUCAUUUCGCUCCAAGGUGUCCACCUGGUUCUUCACUACGUUCAGUGUGUCAGGGAUGAAGCAGAAGGUCCAUCAUGUAGAGACCCUCCAGCAGCUCUUCACCUGUAUCCUGCCUGAACAGAUAGACAUCCCCCCCUUUGUCCUAGAGUACAACGCACGGGUGUGAACCAAUCAGAACUCCGACAGAGAGAGAGAAAAGCCAAGGACUCUGAGGGUGUUUCUCAAAAUGCAUACUACCGUAUUCCGAGUACGCAAAUUGGAGCACGGGAGGAUCCGAGCAUGAGUCCAAAUCAAAGCACGUGAAACGGAGCACGGAGGGCACUUCUCGAAUGCACACUCCGUUUGGUACAUCUUUUGAAGCAUGCAUCGGUGCAAUCUUCAACGGAAGCAGUGGGAUGCAAUCAGAUGACAGACGGAUAGAAGGAUGGACAGAUGGAUCGCUCUGUGACGGAGCCUGUGUGAACUCACCAACCAAUCCCAGGACACUCCACUGGCCUGUUUUAAAAACCUGCCCUCCUGUGUGCAUGACAGUGACAUCACUCAUGUUAUGUUUCAUGUUUUUUAUUUUUGCAAAACUUCACCAAAUGGUAGGUUUUGGAGGUUGUAUAUGUUCACAAGCUGUUUAAAUGUGAAGCUGUUUUUAGGUGUCCCAGAACCUAGUGUCCACACUAUCCGUGUGUGUUUUUGUUUUACUAUACUUGUGAGUACCAGAAGUCCUCACAAGAAUAGUAAACCAACUAAAAAAU